CCCGCUUCGCACUGGAGCUGACACCGCUUUCGACAGGGUCUGCAUGCUCUUGCCUGGUUGCCGCGCCAGCGCCGAGUGUCUGUAGGAGCUGCCGUUCCAGAAAAUUCAUUACUCUUUAACUGCUCUGAUUUUAGAUCAGCAGAGCGUGAGGGCGGGCCACGCCAGAGGGAACGAGCCGUUCACCCUUCCGAGCAGUCUGGGCGCUUUGACCUGUUCUCUGGAUGUCAGCUGAGUUACUAAGGUGAUUCUGCAUGUCAGGAGAGAGACCUCGGUAGAAAGAACCUCAAGGCUCCUGGAGACCCCCCAUCUCUCCUUUUUUUUUGUGUGUGUGGGUCCUCACUGAACAUUCAAACCUGUUUCUCCAAAGGGUUUUGCAAAAACUCAGACUGUUUUCCAAAGCAGAAGCGCUGGCGUCCACGGCAGAAGCGAUGGGCAGCGUGCGCACGAACCGCUACAGCAUCGUCUCCUCGGAGGAGGACGGCAUGAAGCUGGCCACCCUGGCGGUGGCCAACGGCUUCGGGAACGGGAAGAGCAAAGUCCACACUCGGCAGCAGUGCAGGAGCCGCUUCGUGAAGAAGGACGGCCACUGCAACGUGCAGUUCAUCAACGUGGGCGAGAAGGGCCAGCGGUACCUGGCCGACAUCUUCACCACCUGCGUGGACAUCCGCUGGCGGUGGAUGCUGGUCCUCUUCUGCCUGGCGUUCGUCCUCUCCUGGCUGUUCUUCGGCUGCGUGUUUUGGUUGAUAGCACUGCUGCACGGGGACCUGGACGCCGCCAAGGAGAGCAAGGCGUGCGUGUCCGAGGUCAACAGCUUCACGGCCGCCUUCCUGUUCUCCAUCGAGACCCAGACCACCAUAGGCUACGGCUUCCGCUGUGUCACCGACGAGUGCCCGGUGGCUGUGUUCAUGGUGGUCUUCCAGUCCAUCGUGGGCUGCAUCAUCGACGCCUUCAUCAUCGGCGCGGUCAUGGCCAAGAUGGCCAAGCCCAAGAAGAGGAACGAGACCCUGGUCUUCAGCCACAACGCCGUGAUUGCCAUGCGGGACGGCAAGCUCUGUCUGAUGUGGCGGGUGGGCAACCUUCGGAAGAGCCACCUGGUGGAAGCUCACGUGCGCGCGCAGCUUCUCAAGUCCAGAAUUACUUCCGAAGGGGAGUACAUCCCCCUGGAUCAAAUAGACAUCAACGUCGGCUUUGACAGCGGCAUUGACCGAAUAUUUCUGGUGUCGCCCAUCACGAUCGUCCACGAGAUAGACGAGGACAGUCCUUUGUACGAUUUGAGCAAACAGGACAUCGACAACGCAGACUUUGAAAUCGUGGUGAUACUUGAAGGCAUGGUGGAGGCCACGGCCAUGACCACGCAGUGCCGGAGCUCGUACCUGGCCAACGAAAUCCUCUGGGGCCACCGCUAUGAGCCCGUCCUCUUUGAGGAGAAGCACUACUACAAAGUGGACUAUUCGAGGUUCCACAAGACUUACGAAGUACCCAACACUCCGCUUUGUAGUGCCAGGGACUUAGCAGAGAAGAAAUACAUCCUCUCCAACGCUAAUUCCUUUUGCUAUGAGAAUGAGGUCGCCCUCACAAGCAAGGAGGAAGAAGACAGUGAGAACGGGGUCCCAGAGAGCACAAGUACGGACACGCCCCCCGACAUAGACCUUCACAACCAGGCAAGUGUACCUCUAGAGCCCAGGCCCUUACGGCGAGAGUCGGAGAUAUGACCGAUUCCUCCUUGGGAAUAGUGACUUUGAAACACAGUCUGUUGGUCAGAGGCCCGAAACAGCUACGCAGACGACGGUACCGGUGAAGAGGUGGUUCGAGGCAAGUGACCACAAGGGACUGAGGCUCGCAUGAUGGUUUCAGAGAAAGACUGUAAGCUCAGAGAUGAACCUGAAGCACUAAACAUGCCUCCCCCGUGACCUGAUGGCACAUAACACGUUGUAGGAUAAGUUAUGGGGUGUUUAUGUCUUGUUUUGUAUUUUGUUUUUUUUUUCUGUUUGUUUGUUUGUUUGUUUGUUUUUACCAAACUUGAACUUGCAGGCAAGCCUUGGUUGGUUGGGUAUUUGACUUCUCCAGAACGCUUCUCUUUAGGGAACAAGAAUGUUUUUAAAUGGCAUCACAUUUUUAAAUGUUUUAAAGGCAAGACUCUGCCUUAACUUUUUGAAAAGCUGCUAACUACACCAACACACGUUGUACUGUUGCCGUGUAGUUUUUCUUGUGUGUAAUUUAAAAAGUCAGUGUUGAACUUUGAUGAAAGCUCAUGAUAUGCUCUUCAAAGUGACAAGUAUUUGGCUGUUAGCUGCCAAAACGAGAGCCUGAUUUUUUGAGGCCAGUAAUUUGUUUGCUAGAAUUGAUUUCUCUCUCUCUCUCUGUCUCUCUUGCUCUCUGGUUACAUAAGGGCAUUAUGUAACACUAGCCAAAUGGUAGCCUCUGGGUUGCUGUUGUUUGUUGUUUUUUUUUUUUUUUUCUCUCCAUGAUGCUAAUGGGUUGUCUCAAAUUUUAAGUUAGACUACCUAAAAUAAAUACCAAAGAUAAUGCACAUUUUUGCACAGUGGAGCUUAUACGAAAAAGGAAAGAAAGCCCUACGGCUGCCUUGGAAUCAAGAGACGAUAACUUUGAACCUCAGCAAGACCUUGAACUGCCCUCUCCUUUUGCACCUUAUCCAGAAAACAGAACAUCAGACACACAGUCGAGUAAGUGUAGUGCUUUUACAUUUCCGUUCUUUCAUGUAACUCUCGUGUUACAGGAGGAAGACAGGAGAAGUAAGAUUCAUACACACAUGACAUAAACAUCUUUUCUUUCCUUCGAGGUGGUGCUGGCCAGGCGAACACGUACGUUGAGAGAUGGUGAUGUGCCCUUAGAUUUUUUUUCUGGGUUUUCCAUUUUUUGCACAUUCCGAAAUUUCCUCCAGAAGAUAAGACCUAGGUUGACAUGAGUCAGCCUCCUUGACGCUGAGCCGUCCAAGCUGAAAGAUCAAUAGGUUUAAGCCCUUGCUGCUGAAUUCCUUGCCCUGACAGUCGGGACAUCUCCAGCUUGACUUCAUCUUCUUUAAAAGAUGCCACGCCUGGCCUCGAGGCUGGUUCUUCCCAUCAGGCUGUCUGGACUGAGUCCUACAGCAUCGAGAGGGCUGUGAAUGCCAAAGUGGGAAGAUGGGAAGAUGCAGAAGAGCCAUUUGGAUGUAGCUCAUCAGCUCAAGUAUUCAGGAGGGAGGGGAACGUCGCUUUUUUUUCUUUUUUCUUUUCUAAUGGUAGAGAAUCAGAAUGAAAGUGUCUCAGUAUUUCAGGGUCAACAAGAGCCAUAAAAAUUCUAACAGCAUCACCAGUAAAGGAGAUAAUGAUCUAGAAGUGUCCUUUCCCCUCGAUGGACGGAUGCACACUCGUGAUUGAAUCUGAGCUGAUCCCUUUACCUGUGGAGCCCUAGAGCCGGUUACUUAGGGCACAUUGUUUUCCAGAAGCCUCUCCUGCCUGGCUGCCUGACUCCCUAGAAACAUUUUGUUUUGUUUUGUUUUGUUUUCCGCUCUAGCUCAAUACAAUGGAACUCUAUUUUGGUUGAAAGUUCCUUAUUUGUGAAUUCUGGGGUUGCUGACUUUUCUUUUUAAUCAGAGUCUCAAAAUCAACUCUCUUAUGGUAUUAUAACCCUGUAUGCCAUUAAAAAACAGCUUGUUCUAGAAUUCUGUAUUUCGUACACUGACGUCCGUGAUGGUCUCUGGUUCUUGGACAGCCAUCUCUGAAUGCGGUGCCUGCAAUAAAGGGGCAGUCUCUGCUGUUCUCAGCCUUCAGCGUCGAUGGGUUUGAACACUGUGGAGUUAUUUUCACUGAAACCAAGUUAGAGAUAUCAAGCACAUGGAUGCUAUUUUAAGUCCAAACUUAAAGGCAGAUUGGGGAAGUUGUUUGGAGAGUUGGAGGACCUGGGAUGGAGUGGACGUAGAAUUUACAGCCUUCUGUACGUGGCAACUGUUCAGCCACUGACAGUGAGAGGAUGUGGAGGGUUUCAGCUGCUGCUAUUUCGAUAUUUUUGCAAAGGAAAAUAAUCAAACCAAAGAGUAUUCAGUGAUCUGUAAAUUAAAUGAAGAUACAGUGGAGAAUGGGGGUGACAGCAGAGAAGGCACCUUCCUAUCGCUCAGUGCUGCCACUUAAAGAGACUUGAGAUAUUUGAAAGGGGGUAGGGAGGGGCAAGAGCAAGGGAGGGAACUCUUACACCUUCUUUCUGAAAAAGAGGAAAAAAAUCUAAAAUUUCUGGUGCACAGGUUUGUUUUGUUUUUUUUUCAAGAAAAUUUUGCAGAAGCUAUGUUUUUAAAGUGUACAUUUUAUAAAGUUUAUCAGAUAUUUUCAUAUUUAAAGCCAAAUGUAAAUAGAAGUCUGUAAAGGGGAAAAAAAAUUGCCAUAGAAAGUAUAAUUUCAGUGCAGCAAUUUCUGAGAGCUAGUACCUAUAUGCUACCGGUUAGCAUGGUUUUAGCAAAUAUUUACCGGCCUUAUAAGGUUCGUAUUGCUAUGUUCUUCUGUUAUUUAUUUCAGCAUGGACUGUUCAUUUGAAAGCUUUUUCUAGUUAUUAGUACUUUAACAGUUACAAGCUUUAAAUGGCAAUUUUUUUUUUUUUGUCAAGAGCCAAGACACAGGUAAUGCACACAUUUUGUUUGUUUGUUUUGUUUUCAUUGUUGUUGUUUUUUGGAUUUUGUUUUGUUUUGUUUUGUUUUUUUGCUGCAUUUUACCUUCAAAAUAUUUGUCCUUAUUGACUGGGUCUCCUUAAUGAGCACACGCGUGUCAUUAGAACGCAGCUUGAAGAGACUCAUCGUGAGUGUCUGGGGUCUGUUGCCGGGUCUGUGUUGCUUUUCCGUGGCAAGCAAACCCCCGUUGAAUUUACGUAGGAAUUGUUCCCUUUUAAAGAAUUUUUGCCCAUAUCUGGAUGGGCAUUAUAUUUUUGGGAGGAGGCCGCGAUUCCUGGUUAUCCUAUUUUUAAAUAAAAGGUAGACAAAGCGAAUUCUAUUUUGAUUAUUGAGAAAGGAAUAGUUUUCUAUCCCUCUAAGAGUAUACUUGAAUCAGACAUUGUAAGGAUGUCACCACAGCUCUGUAGUCAUUUCCAAACUCCUGGUGAAAGUUUGCUUUCCCUUUUUUUUUAAAAUUCUAUCGAUGCGUUAUUUCUUACCUUCACUUCCUUUCUUCCCUACCCACUCGCACCUCACACCUGAAUGUGGAGUCAGUGAAUUCUAUCCUCUAUAUCAUGUUACCCUUGCAAAACAGUCCGUUCAUAUCUGAUGAUAACCCACUCAGUAAAGGCAAAAAGCUUGUUCUGAGAAGCAGAGUGAGUGUUUUUUCACUCCGUGUCUAAUAAUGUUAAGGGAAAAAAAAAAGGGUUGCAUAGUUACUCACUCCCAAGUAGAACCCCUUUCCUGGUUAUGUUGGGUUUCAGCUCUGGGCUGCGGUGAACGGAACAAUCCCGGCCUUUUUGACAAUCGUGAAAGUUACUAUUUUCCCAUUUGCUGUCUUUUUGUAUCUAAAGUCUUCCUAAUGUACUGCGCAAACCAUGGAUUGUACAUAUUUUUAUAUAGUAUGUCUUAUUUUAUUAUUUCUAAAUAAAAAAUUAAAAA